AUGGGAUUGAAUUCAGUGGACGAUAUUCUGGCAUGCGGAAUGUCUUUCACCAAAACAUACUUCACAAGUCGUUUGUAUUAUCACCUCCACAUAGAUUUGAUAGAUCUCAACCUGAAGGGAGACCACACCCUAAAGGAGAAGAAUUCUACCAAGCGCUCGGGUGCAUUUAUGUACAAAGUUAGUCAAAAGGCCACAGCGGUAAUCUCUGCUUCCUCCUCAUCUAUUUCCCUUGCUGCCCAUGCCUUUCUACGCCUCGCCUGCCUAUUUCCCCUAUCUUAUCUCCGGCUAGUAAUUCCAACUCGCUCUCUAACUAGCAAAUAUACUCUCGACAUUACCUCAUGCUGCGAAGCAUACGCAAGCGGCUGGAAUGGACUAGCUAUAACUGACCCUAUGGAGAAUAAGGUUGUAGGAGGAAAGGAAAUAGUGUGUCGCUUUAAGGAGUAUUCCAUGUUUUUGGCCCGUACUCUGGUGCUCAAAUUGGGUCGCGGGUGGGCGUCUAGGAUAAUCGGCUCUCGAUGGAGCGCCAGCGCGACAGCAGCAGCAGCAGGAGGCUUAGAUAAUGAGCAGGCGCCCCCUACUAGCAACCAUCGUUUAGGACGCGUGAAAAAUGGUGUCGAAAACCACUGCGCUGCCCAACGCGGUCGCGCGACCGAACAGGAACGCGAGAUCACGAACAACGCCGAGCCACGUACAAACUCGCAGAAAGUCCUUACACACGCGAGCAAAAGAAGGCCAGAAAACUCAUCUAUAGCGUAUAAGCCGAAGCAGGACGAAUUCAGGGCAUUCUGCAAACAGAAGCAGUACCAUGACCAGCCAAGUCACGUAAAAUUGGAAGCCAUAUACCACAAGAAGAGACCUGUCUUCUCUGGGGCUACAUACGUUACCGCAACUACAGAUCUGUACCGAGAGCAUAAAGGCCUAGGGGUGAACAACCAUACGUCGCCGCAGCAGUACGCGGAUAAGGUUAGAGACACUCUGCUCGACGGCUACGACGAGGAUGAAUUUCAACGCGUCGAUAGCGAGCUCUGA